CCUCCGGGACCAUGUUGCUGUGGACAGCUUGGAGGCGGGUGGCUGCGGCCCUGCCAGCAGCUCAGGGGCCGAGGCCCGAGGCGCCCACCCGGGGUCUGCGCCUGCGCGUUGCAGACCAUGCUCCCCAGUCUGCUGUUCCCUCAAAUACAGCCACUGCUCCAGAGAUGGAGUCAGUGCUGCGACCUCUGUAUAUGAAUGUGCAAGCUACAACUCCUCUGGACCCUCGGGUACUUGAUGCCAUGCUCCCUUACCUAGUCAACUACUAUGGGAACCCACACUCCCGGACACAUGCUUAUGGCUGGGAGAGUGAGGCAGCCAUGGAACGUGCUUGCCAGCAAGUAGCAUCUCUCACUGGGGCCGAUCCUCAUGAGAUCAUUUUCACUAGUGGUGCUACUGAAUCCAAUAACAUAGCAAUUAAGGGGGUGGCCAGGUUUUAUAGGUCACGGAAAAAGCACUUGAUCACCUCCCAGACAGAACACAAAUGUGUCUUGGACUCUUGCCGUUCACUGGAAGCUGAGGGCUUUCAGGUCACCUACCUCCCAGUGAAGAAGAGUGGGAUCAUUGACCUGAAGGAACUAGAGGCUGCUAUCCUGCCCAAUACCAGCCUGGCCUCAGUCAUGUCUGUGAACAAUGAGAUUGGAGUGAAGCAGCCCAUUUCGGAAAUAGGGCGGAUUUGCAGUUCCAGAAAGGUCUAUUUCCAUACCGAUGCAGCCCAGGCUGUUGGAAAAAUCCCACUUGAUGUCAACGACAUGAAAAUUGAUCUCAUGAGCAUCAGUGGUCACAAAAUCUAUGGUCCCAAAGCAGAGCGACUGAUACAGAAGAUAAUGAAGAGCCUUCGGGAUGUGGUGAUGAAUGGGGACCCUGAUCACCAUUACCCAGGUUGUAUCAACCUCUCCUUUGCCUAUGUGGAAGGGGAGAGUCUACUGAUGGCACUCAAGGAUGUUGCCUUAUCUUCGGGGAGUGCGUGCACUUCUGCAUCCCUGGAGCCCUCUUAUGUCCUUCGAGCAAUUGGCACUGAUGAGGAUUUAGCUCACUCUUCUAUCAGGUUUGGCAUUGGCCAUUUCACUACAGAGGAGGAAGUGGACUACACAGUAGAGAAGUGCAUUUACCAUGUGAAGCGUCUUCGCGAAAUGAGCCCUCUCUGGGAGAUGGUGCAGGAUGGCAUUGACCUUAAGAGCAUCAAGUGGACCCAGCACUAGAAGAGUGGGCCUUGGACUU